GCAGCACAAUGGGAGGGCCUUGAGAGUGUCGGUUGAGGCUUGUCGGCUCCAGACUUUGAUUAGCUCAGCGAAACGCAGUUAGACUUUAACACCCUGCUCCUCGGUUAACUAGAGAGCACCGCCCUGUCAGAGAUGGCCGCACUCAGAAAGAAGUUGGUGAUUGUUGGGGAUGGUGCAUGUGGCAAGACCUGUCUGCUCAUUGUCUUCAGUAAGGAUCAGUUCCCAGAGGUCUACGUCCCUACUGUCUUUGAGAACUACAUUGCUGACAUUGAGGUUGAUGGCAGACAGGUGGAGUUGGCUUUGUGGGAUACUGCAGGCCAGGAAGACUACGACAGACUGCGGCCUCUCUCCUACCCAGACACAGAUGUUAUCCUCAUGUGCUUCUCCAUAGACAGCCCAGAUAGUUUAGAGAACAUUCCAGAGAAAUGGACACCUGAAGUGAAACAUUUCUGCCCCAAUGUUCCAAUCAUCCUUGUGGGGAACAAGAAGGACCUUAGAAAUGAUGACCACACACGCAGGGAGUUGGGCAAGAUGAAACAGGAGCCUGUGAGGUUUGAGGAAGGCAGAGACAUGGCCAGCCGUAUCGACGCUUUCGGCUACCUUGAGUGCUCAGCCAAGACCAAGGAUGGUGUGCGAGAUGUGUUUGAGAUGGCCACGAGAGCAGCACUGCAAGCACGCAAGAAAAAGAAGAAGGGGGGCUGCCAGCUACUGUGAGGGGGCUGGGGACAACUUGUAGACAUCCAGAACAGACUUAGGAAAACAUUAAAUCAGUGGCUUCCAUGGACAGUACUAACUUCACAGAUUCAGGAAAUAUGAAAGACUGACACAUAAAAAAAGUUUUUCUGCAACUUUCUGUUUACUAGAUUACCACACUCUGUUUUCUGCCACUAGCACGCCGGUGUGAUGGGUGACAGUUGUUCCUUUUCUUGAAUUAAAUGAAUGUAUGUUUGUAUAUAUGUGGAUAUGCUUUCAAAUCUGUCAGCUACAGAAACCUUUAGCCUGUUUCCUGCUCCUGAACCUGGUUUGCUUUUUUUUUCCACACCAGGCUCAUUUCUGAGCUUUGUGUGGAACAAUUUUAAUUUUAUACACUAAAAGUUGUUUUAGCAGAAUGUUGUCAACACCUCCUUUAAAAAAAAAACAAUAACAAAUAUAUUUGAUUUUUUUUUUUUUUUUUUUUUUUACUUUUUUCCCCCCUUCAACUGUAGCAGCAACAGUUGGAAAACAGGAUUUGGACUCCUCUUGCUUCUAUAUGGGAAUCUUUAGUAUCGAUGCGAACCUGAAGUCUGUUAUAAUUUUUCACAGAAACCAUUUAAGACCAUUUUCUCUCAAAAUCAGUACAAACUGCCUUGUGUUAUUUGUGAAAUAUACUAUGUAUAGUUUUAUUUCAUUUAGGAUAUUUGAGUUGAUAGCAAAAUUGUUGAAGAUGGUUGUAAAGAAUCAGAGGGAAGCAAAUUAAUUCUUCUCAAAGAUGUAUUUCUACAAAUGCACCCCCGCCAAGCUUUAAAGAUGGAACUAUGAGUGUCGAGAAGCACCAGCAACUACUGUGCCACAACUACUAAUGCCAUAGUAGUCUUUAGUCACAUGGCCAUGAGAAUGGUCAGCCCACAUAUUUAAUGUGAGUUUGUCAUUAUCACAUUUUCAUAAAGUAAUAAAUACCAAGUGAGUACCCAA